AUGAAGGCAUUCUCUCCUCUCAUCGUCUCCUCUCUGCUCCUCCGUUCCACACAAGCCUUUAGUAGAGAAGCAUUAAAACCAUCCUCUUCGCCCUUGACAAGAAAAUUCACCUCCGGCACAGCACUAAUGUCCAAGCCCUUCUCUGUCAUCGUUGAAGCUGAGAUCAAGCCAGAUCGCAUGGAUGAGUUUAUGACCAUGAUCCAAAAGAAUGCCGAAGCGUCUCGCAAGGAACCUGGAUGCAUCCGAUUCGAUGUUCUUAGAGCACAGGACAAUGAGAACAAGUUCUGGUUCUAUGAGGUCUACGAGAACCCAGCUGCUGUGGAUUUUCACAAGACACAAUCUCACUACCAAGCAUGGGCUGACUUCAAGGAAAGCGGCGGAACUGUCAACAGUGUUUCGCACAAGGCAGAUGGGGAAUUCAUUGGAUAA